AUGACCCUUACAUCGAGGAAAACGAAGUAUAGGGUCCAGGACUUGCUGUAUGAGCUUGUGGAACAAGACCAGUCCCUACCGAACUCGACGCAGGAAACAGCGCAGUUUCUCGAAAGCGCCCUAUCUGGUUACCCCUCGAAACGCCGCUCGGACAUCCUCAAACGACUUGUCGUAGAUGAGUCUCCCAAAGUCGAAGCCGUGACUCGCCUUGCCCGCUCCACGCUACCAAAGUCUAAGAAGCGCGAACUGGACCAGCAAAUUCGAGAUAAGCAGAACCAGAAACGCGUCGCCGAGCUUGACAAUGCCUGGGGCGGAAACGAUAAUUGGCUGCCGGUCGAGUUUCGCCCGUCGAAGAAUUACAAUGAGCAAGUGAGAGACACUGAGCAAAUCAAGUCGAUUUGGUCCAUUACCAAGCUUGCGCUACACCACGGCAUCGAGCUCUCUUCGCUAUGGGCAGAGGGAGGUCUCUUGCGCGAGGCCACCGAAGCUGGACUAGCUGAAACCAGAAUUCUGACCAGGUCUGGUGCCCGAAACGCUUGCAAAGCUUUCCGGGACCGUUUGAAAGCUCCGGAUAACGAGGAACUUGAUCAAAUGCGAGUCGUUGAUAAAAGUGGUUCGGCUCAAAUGGUCACAGGGUCUGAUGGUGAGGACGAGCAAGAGGAUACAAGUCUCAUUUCCAGAUCCCCCGAAGUGGGACGGCGAUAUUCAGAGCAGGCUCGGUUCAGCCCCGACGAAAGCCCAUGUUUUCUCGAUGAACCCACCUCACCUCAGAUUGACUUGGGAGACUAUAGUGAGGAUCUAUCAGUCGAUGCAGACUACCCAGAGAGCUCGAGGGCACCCCGUGACCAGGAGGAUAUCAAGAUUGUGGAUGGCGGUGGCCGCACCGAAGUCGAGACGAACGCAUAUACACAGAUCAAGUCCUCGACAAGCAUGCUCACCGACGAUGUGAUGAGGCAUUUCGCAGCACUUUUCGAUCAGCAGCAGCUCUCUGACUCUGGCGAAACCGGCCUUGGGAUCUCGCGAUCUGUACCUGGAACCGAGGGAGCCGCCAAAAUCCGGGUCGUGGACCCUCUCUGGUUUGAGCCAGCGAGAGAGAACCUGCCAGGUCACCUGCGCCUCAAGCCCGGAGAGACGCUGCUACUUCCCGUUCACCACAGGACCGCCAUUCACUGGACCCUUGUCCUGGCGGCCAUCACCAGCACUUCGAUCCACACUACACACUUUGACUCUCUUGAAGAGGGUCGUCGCGACCGCUGCUUGCAUUUUUGCAAACGGUUGGAGAAAUGGGUCUCUGAUGUCCAAGGGUUAUCUUUACCAGUAGAAUACACUAUUCACGAGGAUUCCCCAUUGCAGCAUGACGCACACAAUUGUGGUGUGUUCGUACUUGGAAUCAUGCGUCGCAUCCUCAGUAAACGACCCCCACCAAAAGAGAUGGACGCUGCGGACGAACGUUACGCUCUCCUCGGCAUCUUGAUUGACAGCAUACAAAAACGACGAGAGACCACGAAGACGUUGCACGCAUCAACCGAUGAUGACCCUCGGCCUACCGCCAAUGAACCGGUCGUGAAAGAUGAAUUGCCUACUAUCGUACCGGAGCCCAUUGAAAGCGCGGAAGCUCAGAAGAGGAAAGCAGAUUCAGACACGUUGGCAUCGCCUGCGCACAAGAAACAACGCCUCAAAUCCCCUAUCACGCCAAAAAGAGAAGGCGCCCCGAUCAAGCCAAAAGACCUUGUUGACAUUGAUAUGGCAGCGAUUCUCGUUGAUCCACAAACAAGGUCGCGCUACAUCAGAAAGACCCAAGAUGAUUUUGAGCGCCAUUGUGAUAUCAUACGACAACUCGAGUCGAGUGUUUCCGACGCGCGGGCACUUGAGGCCGAUGUGCUCUUGGCGGCUCGCAAUGCUGCACAUCUUCGUAUCCAGGCCCACGAGGGUACAUGCCGGGCCAUCAAGGAGUCGUCCUUGAUUCAGCCCCUGCGCGCACUGCGCGCUCUGCAUCCAUCGACAGAAGCAAAUACUGCCUUAGCGAAGUACAUUUCGACUUUCGAGUCCCUGGCGACCCAAGCUUUGGGAUGCUACGACAUGGAGGGCCGUCAGGCUAGCACGGCAAAGGACGUCCAAGAUACCUACUAUGCGCAACUCCGAGAAAGUGAGCUCAAGGCGAUGGAACAGGAACUUUGGACAAGGCGGGUGGAGGCUGCCAGGCUAGAGGGACAGUUGAGUAUACUGGUGAACUCGGAGAAAGCGAGAGAUGUGAAACAAGUCAUGCUGAAGCUGGAUCGGGACGCUCUCCAGCGCAUCCAAGACUCAUAA